AACUCGUCCUUCCCCAUUCGCUCUCCAAGCAAAGAAGAGCAAGAGCUGAUAAAAACAUGAUAACGUCUUCCCUCUCUCUGCUCUUCUUGCUCUCCUUUCUUCUCUCCAUAACCCUCAUUUCCUCCAGACCCCUCCAAGACCCAGAGUUGGUAGUACAAGAAGUGAACAGGAAGAUCAAUGCUUCCACGGCUCGGAGGAACUUGGGGUACCUCUCGUGUGGUACAGGUAACCCCAUUGACGAUUGCUGGAGAUGUGACCCCGACUGGGAGAAUAACAGGCAGAGGCUGGCCGAUUGUGCUAUUGGGUUCGGGAAGAAUGCUGUCGGGGGUAAGGGUGGUCAGAUUUACGUGGUAACGGACUCCGGCGACGACGACCCCGUCAACCCGAAGCCGGGGACACUCCGGUACGGCGCGAUCCAAGACGAGCCGUUGUGGAUCACAUUCGCGAGGGACAUGGUGAUACAGCUGAAAGAAGAGCUUAUAAUGAACUCGUUCAAGACCAUCGACGGUAGAGGCGCGAUCGUGCAUAUUGCGGGCGGUCCGUGCAUUACAAUCCAGUACGUGACCAACAUUAUAAUCCACGGGAUUCACAUCCAUGACUGCAAGCAGGGCGGGAACGCCAUGGUGAGGGACUCCCCAAAGCACUACGGGUGGAGAACAGUAUCGGACGGUGACGGGGUGUCCAUCUUCGGAGGGAGCCACGUGUGGGUGGACCAUUGCUCCCUGUCGAAUUGCAACGACGGGUUGAUCGAUGCGAUUCAUGGGUCCACCGCGAUCACCAUCUCCAACAAUUACAUGACUCACCAUGACAAGGUCAUGUUAUUGGGUCACAGUGACUCCUACACGGAAGACAAGAACAUGCAGGUCACCAUAGCCUUUAAUCACUUCGGAGAAGGGCUCGUUCAAAGAAUGCCAAGAUGCAGGCAUGGAUAUUUCCAUGUGGUGAACAAUGACUACACCCAUUGGGAAAUGUACGCCAUUGGUGGAAGUGCUAACCCAACCAUCAACAGCCAGGGCAACAGAUUUGCAGCACCCGAUGAUAGAUUCAGCAAAGAGGUGACGAAGCACGAGGAUGCGGAAGAGAGCGAGUGGAAGAACUGGAACUGGAGGUCGGAAGGGGACUUGAUGGUAAACGGUGCGUUUUUCACGGCGUCGGGAGCUGGAGCGUCGUCAAGCUAUGCGAGGGCGUCGAGUUUGAGUGCGAGGCCCUCUUCGCUGGUGGGUUCGAUAACCGGAGGUGCCGGUACCCUUGACUGUAGAAAAGGCUCUCGUUGCUGAUCAUGAUUUUGGCCGCUCCAGUAACUGCCGGUCUAUUAAUUCCAAAAAGGAAAAAGUAGGGGAGAGGUUUUAUUUAAGUGAGAAAAGGAGAAGGGAAGUGAGAUAAGAAAGGGAGAGAAGAAAGAAAGAAGGAAAGAAAAAGGUCUGGUGUAUGUCUCUCAGUUACUUUCCUUCCUUCCUUUCUGUUUUUGUUGUUUUCCCAUUGUUAGUCUUUCUAAUUUGCUCCAAGCACCGUGAAAUCCAACCUCGGCCUGUGACUCUCUUAGAUCCACAAAAAGUUGUUGGAAAUUAUCAAGGGUCUAAGAGAGAACAAGUGCAGAAGAGUUGAUUUAUUUAUAAUAUACCAAAAUUACUUAUGCGCAA